UGUUUGUGAAUCACUCAUCUAGAAAAGCUUGACACCUAUCAACGCCCACACCUCCAAGCCACGCACUAUCGCGUCGCUCGUUAAUCCUGCUGCAAUGGAAGUGAACAGCGGAAAACGAAAGCGAGAAGAGGAACCACUCCCGAGUAUUACUUAUCUCGUUGGAGAUAGGUCUUUUGAUAGACUUUUCAAGGAACAAUCUCUCGACGAAAUACAGACUGUGGUACGGCGAAAACUGCAGCUACCGUCAAACUCGACGGUAAAGCUGAAGCAGCUGCGUGGCGACAAGGUUAUUGAUUUGGAUGACGAUGAUGAUUUCGAUGCGUUCUCCGCGCGGGCGAGAUUGAUGAAGUUGGUUGAUGUGGCAGUAGAUAUUUCACAGGCCCCUCCUGCACAGGGGGACACAUCUUCUGACAGCACGGUGGCCGUGUCAAAAACUUCUGAGACGAGCGUAGCGAAGAAGAAACGUAAAGCCAAUAAUGACCAGCCUCCUAAGGAUGGCAACACGACUGUGGCACCCGAACCAAAGACUAAGAAACGGAAGACAGAUCAACCCCCGGUGACUAAGCAUACGGAGACUGUGCCAACUUCUACGGAACCUGCGCCAGUCAAUGCUCCAGCAGAAUUGUCACUGACGCCCUCUGCGAAGUCCGAAGUCUUGAUAAGCACCAAAGCGCCCCUCCCCACUGAUGGAGAACCGCCGAAGAAGAAACCAAAAAAUGCGAAGGCUGGUAUGGCCAAGGAUGCUGCAGAGAAGCCACCAAGAAAGACAAAGAAAACGAAGGAGACCGAAAACCCCACGGAGACCUCGAGCCUACCAAUAUCAGGUGAUGAUGUAGUCCCGGCUUCUGGUCCCUCAGCACCGCCAAAGAAAUCAUCAGGAACGAAGAAGAAAACGAAGGAGACCGAAAAGCCCACGGAGACCUCGAGCCUACCAAUAUCGGGUGAUGAUGCAGUCCCGGCUUCUGGACCCUCAGCACCGCCAAAGAAAUCAUCAGGAACGAAGGAGAUUGCCACAAAAUCGUCGGCUCUUCAGUCUGCUGGGGUCGAGAAAUCUGUGAACGGUGCAGUUGACAACGCAGCUGGCUCUGAAAAAAAGAAGAAGGGCAAGGUGAAGGGUAAAGAAGUUGAAAGUGAACCAGCUCCUGAGACACCUGCUCCGACAAAAGGCCGCAAGAAAGCUGCAAUCGCGGGAGCUUCAGAGGCUCCAGCUCCGAAAGAAAACUAGGCAAAGCAAAGCAACAAAAGCCAAGGCUUCUGAUGCAGAUGCUGGCCCAAUUGUCAAUCCAAUAAAUAUUCAGGACAUUGUGAAUUCAAUAGCACGUGCCUCGGAGGAGUUGGCUAAACAGAAUAAUACCAAUACUGAGGUGAAUUCGGUUAACACUUCCCAGUCGUCCAUUUCACUGGCCCCCCCUGUAAUUACGACCACGAAAGGUGGUGUGUCAUCUAUUCCGCUUUGCCAUGCUUGCUCUGGUUCCUUUCAUCCCCUGUAUCAAUGCCCAACGGUGCUGGCAGGCCAGGAAGCGAUACAGAAUAGAAUUGAGGAAUUGAGG